AUAAGGCUUCUCCGCCUCAGUGCCAAUGACAUUGUCGUUUAGUUAAUUAGUUCAGAACAGUCGCGAUCACUUUAUCUCGGGAGAAGCUGGUGUUGACUUCGAGUGGCAGCAGUUCGCGGAUUCGACCUUGUGUUAACGAAAAAGGGUGCAACCAGUAGCGAAAAUGGCGCAAGUACCAAAGGCGACCGGCAGCCUGGCCAGUAAAUUAGUAAACAGCCUGAAAAGCAAGGAGUUUCGCGACUAUCUUAUGAGCACCCACUUCUGGGGGCCCGUUGCCAACUGGGGAAUUCCACUGGCCGCUCUGGCAGAUAUUAAGAAAGAUCCCAAGAUUAUCAGCGGGAAAAUGACAUUCGCGUUAACGCUCUACUCAGCGAUAUUUAUGCGCUUCGCGUGGAAAGUCCAGCCUCGCAACCUGUUGCUCUUCGCCUGCCACAUUACGAAUUUUACUGCGCAGAACGUCCAAGGUGCUCGCUUCGUCAACUACCACUACCUAAGCAAACAGGAGAAAGCCUAGGCCGCCUGAUGUCAACAAAUUUGUGCGAACCGUGUAGCUAUCGGCAAUGUAAUUCGGGAUAUGUUGGUGUACGGCCCUUCGAUUUCUUGCAGGACUUAUGAGUGGACGCUUGCGGACUAAUGUGAAUAAACCCCAACGGAUUGAAGAGAGUGUGGAAUUAUAGGAUGGAGACGACGGCGAAGGAGCUCGCGGAAUUACUACUAACGACGGUUGGAAACAGAAUCCAACUAAUAUAUCUUAAUCCAACCGUUCCCCAUCAUGUCCGACAGCAUUCACUCAUAACUCUGCACAGGAAAAUCGACGGGUCUGGCGCCCACUGCCCUGCCCCGCCCCUCGUCACAAAUCCGCCGACUGUUAAUCUAAAUUAGUUAAAUUCCAUUGGUGCUACGAAUUACUCCAACGUUAAAUUAUAGCUCUUAAACGAUUGUGGAAGAGAUAAUUCCACGCUCAACAUGGCAAGGAAGAUAAAUCGUGAUAAUUCGAAUUUUCAUUAAGCUAGGGAUCAUUGACUGUUAAAUUGGUGCACAUAUUUAUAUUUAUAAGGAAUUUGGACAAAUCAUUGCACAAUUUGUUUUAUUGGGAAACUAGAAGAAUCAAUCGUAAAUCGAAUUUUUCGAUAAUAUAUAAAAUAUUGACGAAA